UGUUCCGCCAGCAUGCCGCUGCUGCCGCCACCGCUGCUGGCGCUGGCGGUGUCAACUCUGCUGGCGGGUUGCUUCGCCGCUGCGCCGCCAGGCAACGACAGCGAAAUCGACCCCCUGCUUUUGCUCACCACGGACGAGAUAGCACGCAUGGACGGGUACGACUCGGAGAAGCACCUGGUCAAGACUAGGGACGGCUACCUGCUGACGUUACACCGUGUGAGGAGUCGCGAGGGCCCCGCCAAGAGGCCCCCUCUGCUCUUGCUGCACGGACUGUUAUCUGGCUCCGACGGGUUUGUCCUCGGGGGCCCCGGCCGCUCUGCAGCAUAUGUGUUUGCAGAUGCAGGCUAUGAUGUGUGGCUGGGCAAUUUUCGUGGCAACUUCUAUUCCCGGAGGCACGUGUCCCUCUCUCCAGCUGAAAGGGCCUUCUGGAUGUUCAGCUUCCAGGAGAUGGGCGAGCAAGAUAUACCCGCCAUGUUGGAUGUGAUGUUCGCAACUACUGCUGCACGGCGCACCUCUGUUGUCUGCCACUCUGCCGGCUGCACUGCGCUGCUGGUCAUGUUGGCACUGCCGGCAAGCCGCCACUCCCGUGCCAUCCGAAUGGCAGCAAUGCUAGCACCCGCAUACAUACCUCAUCCUUCGAUUUUCUCCAACAUCUUGACACCAGGGUUAGUGAAAUAUGUAGAUCAACAUGGCCCAUAUGAGAUACUCCCCCGUUCCAAGAGUUUGCUGAUGUUACUUGAUAGGCUGUGCAGUGUCCACUCUCGUUACCUCAAUGUCUGCAAACUUAUCAUCAGCAUCUCCACACAGAAAGAACCACAAGACAUGAAUAACUCAAGACUGUCAUUUGAUAUUGCACACCUGGUUGCUGGAGCAUCAGUAUAUUCAACAAUACAUUUCAGACAGCUAAUAAAAUCAGGCCAGUUUAGAAUGUAUGAUUAUGGAGAAGAGGACAACAUGAAACAAUAUGGUCAGCCAGAACCACCUCUGUUUGAUCUCAGCCAGAUAACAGCACCCAUUUCGAUCCAUUAUGGCCACAAAGAUACAACAGUAACCCGUAAGGAGGCCGAGAGGUUAUUUGGUGCACUUCCUCUGCGCAUUGGAUUAUUUGAAGUGCCAGAUAAAAAGUUCACUCAUAUUGACUUCCUUAUUUCUGACAAUGCCAAAGAAGUAUUGUAUGAUAAUUUAACUAAGAUAAUAAAAAGUUAUUGACAAAAUGGGUUAUGUUAAUCAAAACAUUAUUUAGUAACAUAUUACUGAAAUGCUGGAAAAUUACAAGGAAAAAGUCUGAGUAGUGCAGUAGAAUAUAACCAGAGUAGUUACAGGAACAUAUGAAACCUUUCCAUACAUGAUUCUUUCACUCACAGACCCUCAUGACCAGUAUAAAACGUAUAACAGUCUGAAAAAAAAAGAUUCUACUAAAAGCUUAAUGGAAGUCAUCCAAAGAGAAGAUAUUCAAAUACAUACUAAAUUAUGCUGGAAUAAAACCAUUUUUAGAGCAAAUGGAAUAAAGAAAUGUAUGACAGUGAAUUUCAUAUUUCUUAUUAUUGAAACAGCGAUGUUCAACUUUCCAUGCCUUACAUAAAUUGAAUCAGGCUGUGCACAUGAACAGAAAACAUAUUCAUUACUCCCAGUCAUAUGUUUCUGUGGCUCAGUCUGGUUAAAUGGAAAAGAAAGAAAACUGUUAGAACACAUUUAUAAAAUGCAUGGUAAUUGCGUAUACAUCCUAAUCUCCUUCUCCCCUCCUCCCAAUUCCAUCAAUCUCCUCUUUCCCCCUUUCUGUUUCCAUCUUCUCCUCUCGUACUUUCUUUGUCCCCUUCUCCCCCUCUCUCUGUCCAUCACCUUCUUUCCACUUUCUAUCCUCCCACCCCUGCAUCCA